ACGGGGGCGGCGAUUGGUUGGCUAAAAAUGCUUCCCUAAUCUCCAUGCUGAUCUUUACCCCCCUCCUCCCCAUCUGCCGUGACCUUCCUGCCGAUGUGCAGAGCCAGCCCCGGCGAGACGCAGCCAGCCCCGCUCUGCCGCGUUCCCCACGUCCAAAGUGCAUGAGGCUGGUGCCUGCCCAAGAGCCACCCAGUGCCCGCACGGACGCCGCAGGCAGCACCGGGAGCCAUGUCGGGUUCCUAUGAUGAGUCGGCAGCGGCCGCGGAGGAAACGACCGACAGCUUCUGGGAGGUGGGGAAUUACAAGCGCACAGUGAAGCGGAUCGAUGACGGGCAUCGUCUCUGCAAUGACCUCAUGAACUGCGUGCACGAGCGGGCCAAGAUCGAGAAGUCCUACGCGCAGCAGCUCACCGACUGGUCCAAGCGGUGGAGGCAGCUCAUUGAGAAAGGUCCCCAGUACGGCAGCCUGGAGAAGGCGUGGGGUGCCAUCAUGACGGAGGCGGACAAGGUGAGUGAGCUGCACCAGGACGUGAAGAACAGCCUGCUGAAUGAUGACUUCGAGAAGGUCAAGAACUGGCAGAAGGAUGCCUACCACAAGCAGAUCAUGGGAGGCUUCAAGGAGGCCAAGGAGGCUGAGGAUGGCUUCAGGAAAGCCCAGAAGCCCUGGGCCAAGAAGCUCAAGGAGCUGGAGACAGCCAAGAAAGCCUACCACCUAGCAUGCAAGGAGGAGAAGCUGGCCAUGACCCGGGAAGCCAACAGCAAGGCCGACCAGUCCAACACCCCCGAGCAGCAGAAGAAGCUCCAGGACAAAGUAGAGAAGUGCAAGCAGGAUGUGCAAAAGACUCAGGAGAAGUACGAGAAGGUGCUGGACGAGCUGAACAAGUGCACCCCGCAGUACAUCGAGAGCAUGGAGCAAGUCUUCGAGCAGUGCCAGCAGUUUGAGGAGAAGAGGCUCAACUUCCUCAAGGAAGUGCUCCUGGACAUCAAGAGGCACCUGAACCUGGCCGAGAGCAGCAGCUAUGCCAACGUCUACCGGGAGCUGGAGCAAACCAUCCGCCUCUCGGAUGCGCAGGAGGACCUCCGGUGGUUCCGCAGCACCAGCGGCCCCGGGAUGCCCAUGAACUGGCCGCAGUUUGAGGAGUGGAACCCGGACCUGACGCACACGAUAACGCGGAAGGAGAAGCAGAAGAAAGGCGAGGGGGUGACCCUGACCAAUACUGGCAGCACGGGCGAGAGCGGGGCGCCGGCGGGCGAGCGCGGGAGCGUGAGCAGCCACGACCGCGGGCAGACCUACAGCGCCGAGUGGUCCGAUGAUGAGGGCAGCAACUCCUUCAACACCAGCGAGGCCAAUGGUGGCACCAACCCCUUCGACGAGGAGUCGGUGGGGAAGGGCGUGCGGGUGCGGGCUCUGUACGACUACGACGGGCAGGAGCAGGAUGAGCUCAGCUUCAAAGCAGGUGAUGAAUUAACCAAACUUGGUGAAGAAGACGAGCAAGGAUGGUGCAAAGGGCGCUUGGACAACGGGCAGCUAGGUCUCUACCCCGCCAACUACGUGGAGGCAAUCUAAGUCUUGUGGUGUGCUCCUCGUCGCCGUCAGCAGCUCAAUCCACCCUCCAUUGCCUCCAUCGCUCCACCAACCAGCCGUGGUGCUGUCUGGUCCUUCACUCCUCACAGUUAGAGAUUCAGACAUAUUUUCCGACCAAGCUUUUAUUUUUUUAAGAGUUGUCUCCGAAGAGUAUUUUGCAUAGCCGCUUUCUUCUUCUUCUUCUUCUUAAGAUAACGUGAAGCGAAAGAUGACGUCGUCUGUUCGUCUGCGUUAGUUGAUCUUUUCUCUGAACAAAAAAGCCGAUACCUCAAGAUCUUAAAUCCCAACCAGUGAGAGCUCCUGACCGGUUGGCUUUUAAAGAUACUGAAAUCAUGAGCCGCCUUCUGAUUGGCUGGAACUGUUCCGAAAUGCACAGCGCUGAAGCUCCUGGGACUAAUCAAAUUCAUCCCCAAAGCCCGAGGUGGAUUGGAGUCUGACUCCAUGCCUCCAUGUUCUUCUCCCUGCUUCAUCCUCCCUUCCCAAAGGAAGGGAAUGAACACCCCCUCCGGCCCCGCAGCCACCCGGCCCCAUCCACAGGCAGGGCCUUGCUCGUGGGCAGGGCUGGUGGCAGAUCUGGGUGCCCAGGUGAGGUGGGACCAGCCCUGCCGUGGAGCUUGGUGGCAUCUCCUCAGCUUCCUCUUCCUCCUCAGGGCUGGGCUGCUGAGCCGAUGCCCCGUGUGUGCUGCAGGGAGCAGCAUCGCCCUUCAUGAGGGCAGUUAUCCAGCUCCGGGUGGGAUGGCCCUAAAAUCCACCUCUGUUCCGAGAAGGACCCACCUGGAGGAGGACCCACUGCAGAUCAACGCUGCUGGAAGCACCUUCGCACCCAGCCCGGGCUAGCGGCGACCGGCUUGGAUGCUGCUGGGGACAGUCCCCAUCCACCCCCUUCCUGGAGAGAGGCAGGAGCAGAGCAGGGAUGAAGGAUAAGCAACGUCCAGCCUUGCACAGUGCCAGCAGGAGCUGCAGCACCCAGAGGAUGAGGAGGCUUGGUGCAGGCAGCAGACCCCAGUCCGGGCAGCAGAGCAGCUGCCUGGUGAAGAUGGUUGGAAACAAGACAUGCCAAAAGGGGAACGGAUGCAAGCUUUGCCCUUUGCUUCUCCCCAGAGGGCUCUCACCCUCUGGCACUUGGGUUCUGCAACCGGCCGUGGCAUGGAUAGGAGCCCCUCAGCACCCAGGGGUGCUGCCACCCAGCACGGUCACCCCAACCCCUCUGCCCCAGGCAUGUUUGCUAUCCCGAGCAAUUCCCUACCGAUCAUCUCUUUGUUUCCCCUCUUCCAUCCAGCAUCAGCGCCCUCAUCUCCCCGCUCACUCCUCCCGCUCCUCUCCUGCCCUCUCUGUUGCUUGGUGAAUUUCUUGGCCCCAGGGAUCAAGUGUUCUCAGGAGGCAGGAGAUGCUCCAUGUGCUGGGCACGGCAGGCGAGAGCCGCGCUGCCCCUCGCCCCUGCCAGGUAUGCAAGAAAGCAGAAACCACGCAAAACAGUCAGACAAAACCCAACCAACCUCCUGUCUCAGCAAUGCACCCCAGUUUUUUGUACAGUGAUGGUGUAAUUUAAGAAGUAUAUAUAUAAUAUAUAUAUCUCUCGUGAUUGUAGUACCGUGGAUACAACAACGAAAAGCAGCAAGCGAAAAUAACUGAGCUCUGUCAGCAUC